AUGGCCAAUUACCAAGUUUUAGAUUUUGCAACUGGCCUCAAGUCUCGGAAUUUUGAGACGAGGCAUAAAGCUAUUCGAGAACUCUUGCAUUUUGUGCGAACAGAACUAAGAGAAAUGUCUCAGGAAACUCUUACUCAAGUGCUCGAUGAUUUUAAUCAACAAAUACACAUUCUGACUUCUAGUUAUGAUAACAAUGAAAAGAAAGCUGGUAUCCUGAUCAUAGUUUGCUUAAUAAGUGGUGAUACAGAACUAAAUAAAGCAAGAGUAUCCCGAUAUGCACAUUACUUGCGCAAUAUCUUUCCCACAAAUGAUCUCAGUAUUUUGGAGUUGGCUGCAAAAACAAUGGGUCGUAUAACUGUAUCACUUGGUAUUAAGAGAGGUGAAUAUGUUGAGAAUGAAAUAAAACGAGCCUAUGAAUGGCUCGCUGAAGAGAGAAGUGAGGCUAAGAGAUUUUCUGCUUGCUUUAUUUUACGAGAACUUGCAAUUGCUAUGCCUUCAUACUUUUAUCAACAUAUCAAUGGGUUUUUCAAUCAUAUAAGAAUUGCAUUGAGGGAUCCUAAAGAACAAAUAAGAGAAGUAGCUGCUAAAGCAUUGAGAGCCGCAUUUGUGGUUACGUCACAGAGGGAAGUGCCUGCUCAGUAUAAAAGAGCACAUUGGUAUAUACAGUGUUAUGAAGAAGCCACAUCUUCGUUCAGUGAUCAUUCUAUCAGGGAUAGAGGUUUGAGCAGAGAUGACAAUGUUCAUGGAGCAUUGUUGAUUUUGAAUGAACUAUUGCGAUGUUCUAAUUCCACUUGGGAGAGGAAAUACACAGAUUUGAUGCAAAAACUCGAUGCUGAACAAGAUGUGUCAGAUGAAAUCUCCUCACUCAACCCUAAAAUGCAAUAUUCUUGGAAUUACCAGAAUUAUCCCGGAGACAAGAGCCAGACCCCUAUCAUUCUUGAAUCAAGUAUUUGUCGGCAGCUGAUAAGUGAAAAAUAUGAUAAAAUGUCUAGUGAUAUAAUGGCUCAGCAAAUAUCAAGAUCACACAAUGUACAUCAGAUGCUGUUGUUAAUUAUACCAAGACUAGCAGCAUUCAACCGUGAAGCAUUUGCGAAGAAACAUUUGAAAUCUACAAUUAACCACCUCAUUACAUUUCUAUGUGGCAGGGAAAAGGAAAGAGCCAUGGCUUUCACAACUCUUGGUCUUAUAACUGUAGCUGUAGAGGAUGACAUUCAGCAGUAUUUGAAUAGAAUUAUAGAAAUUAUCAAAACCACCUUGCCAAUGAAAGAUGCCAAAAAAAGAAAUGGAAUAGAUACUCCACUAUUGAAAUGUGUUACUUUAUUAGGCUUUGCAAUGAAAGAAAGCAUUGCAAAUGAGAUCAAAGACCUUUUAGAUCCCAUGUGUGCAACAGGUCUUAGCCCACAAUUGACGACCUGCUUUAAAGAGCUCAGUCAAAAUGUGCCUUCAUUGAAAAAGGAAAUAACAAAUAGGCUUCUUAACAUGCUUUCUUUGAUAUUGCGCAAGAAACCAUAUACCUCGAGCGACAGUAGUAAUGAGUCGCAAAUUGCGUAUUCAUUAUCAAAUCUCUUGGUUUUGGAGCCUCAUGAUACUGCGAAAUUGGUACUGGCGUUACGGACUCUGGCAACAUUCGAUUUUGAAUGGAAUAAUACACUAAUGUCGUUUAUUAGGAGGUGUACAGAUCAUUAUUUGCAAAGUGAACAGCAUGAAGUCAGAUUGGAAUCUGUCAAAACAAUUGCAAAGUUAUUAGUAAAAGCGGUGGAACGUUGUUCGCAAACUAACUCGCGAACAUUGAACAUUUUAGUUGACGAGUCUCUGGGAAAACUCCUUGCGAUCGGCAGAUCUGAUUUCGAUCAUGAAAUUAGAUACAAAGUACUUGAAGUAUUCACAAAUCCAACUUAUGAUAAAUAUCUAGCUACUGAAGAACAUCUGAAUUGCCUGUUCAUAUCUGUAAAUGAUUCAAACAGUGAUGUUGGAGAAUUAGCAUUGUGCGUUAUUGGGCGACUAAGUAACAUGAAUCCCAGCUAUACUACACCAAUUCUACGACAAUUGUUCGUUCAAAUUUUACUAGAGCUGCAAUACUCUGAAUCGGCUCGCAAUAAAGAACAAUCGCUUAGAAUGGUGAACAACAUAAUUACAAAUGCUCCAAGAAUUACAAGACAGUUUGUUGAUACCAUUCUUAAGAUACUGGUACCCAAAUUAAAAGAAGAAGGUAGCAAUGCUGUAAUGGUUUCAAUAAUACUGAAAGCGAUUGGUGAUUUAGCAGAAGUAAAUGGCGGUGGAACAGCUUUGAAGGAAUGGUUACCAGAAUUAUUAGCGAUACAACUAGAAAUUCUUUCUGAUCCAAAUCAGCCAGAGAAAAGAAGUGUCGCGUUAUGGUCAUUUGGUCAAGUGAUAAGCGCAGUUGGGCAUGUGAUCACUCCAUAUAUGGAACAUCCAAACCUUAUGGAUAUGCUCCUAAAUAUACUGAAAACUGAACACAAUAGCAGGGAUAGGAGGGAAACAAUUCGUGUUUUAGGGCUUUUGGGAGCACUCGAUCCCUACCAACACCGUGUCAAUCAAGGUCUAAUAGAUUUCCAAACUAUUUCAACAUUGAUUCCCAUUCCAGAUACCACUGCAACUGUUGAUAACUUCGACGCUAAUGUCAGUGAAAUGUUCGUAAACAUGUCACCAAUUGUUUUGGAUGAGUUUUAUCCAGCCAUUGCCGUUACCUCACUCAUGCGUAUACUACGCGAUCCCCUAUUAGCGCAACAUCACACCAGUGUAGUACAUUCCGUCACUUUCAUUUUCCAAACAUUGGGAAUCAAGUGUGUCCCAUACAUCUCCCGUGUUACACCGAGUCUUCUGUAUGUGAUUCGGAAUACAGAUAACAAUAACUUUCGGGAAUUCUUAUUCACGCAGCUUGCCCAGUUAAUAUCAGUUGUGAAAAUACACAUUCGCGCCUAUUUAGAGGACAUCCUAGAUUUGAUACGCGAGUAUUGGACUCCAGAGAGUCAACUACAACCAACACUCAUCUUACUUGUUGAACACAUAACUGUAGCAAUUGGAGCAGAAUUUAAGGUGUACCUUAGAAAAAUUCUGCCCAACAUAUUACGUGUGUUGAGAUAUGAUAAGAGCAAAGAUAGAUUCUUAACGGAAAAACUAUUAAUAGCUAUUCAAAAAUUCGAAAAUAAUCUUGACGAUGUUCUUUUGGCUGUAGUGCCGGCGAUUACAGCAUUAUUCGACGGUAGAAAUAUACCAACACAUAUAUCUAAAUUGGCAAUGGAAACGAUUGAGCAUUUGUCCAUCUAUUUGUACUUAAAGCCCUAUUCAGCGGUCCUGAUACAGGGGCUUGCGAGAGUGUUGGACAAUAAUCCAACUUUGCGCCAAACAGCAAUGAAUACUCUCUGUGCGUUGAUCGUACAAUUCGGUCGAGAGUAUAUAGAUUACAUAAAUUCAGUUGAUAGGAUAAUUACGAAGCAUAAAAUACAAUGUCCUAACUACACUGUGUUAGUGUCGCGGCUGCAAGUCGUAUCGACACUCGCAUCUGAUGACGACUAUUUGGACGAAACAAGAUCCAGAUUGCGGAAUCAGAAAACCGAUGUUGUUACCACAGAUACACAAAACAUACAAAAGUUAGUUUUAAACGUGCAAAAUUUGAAAAAGUGUUGGUCAGUAAAUAAUGUUAUAUCGAAAGAUGACUGGUUAGAAUGGUUACGGCAGUUCAGUCUCGGCCUAUUAACUGAAUCAAAUAGUCCAGCCAUAAGAGCAUGUGCCAGUCUCGCUCAGAACUAUUCCCAGUUGGCUAGCGACAUAUUUAACGCAGCAUUCAUGUCUUGUUGGACAGAGUUGAGUGAACAGCCGCGUACAGAACUUGUAUAUGCGCUAGAAAGAGCUCUCACAGUUCCUGACGCGCCAGAAAUAUCUCUUGCUGUUCUAAACUUGGCAGAGUUCUUAGAGCACUGCGAUAAAGGCGCUUUACCUAUCUCUAUUAAAUUGCUAGGUGAUACUGCAAUUAGUUGUCGAGCUUACGCUAAAGCGCUGUAUUAUAAGGAAGAGGAAUAUAGACGAAAUCCAACGACUCAAGUUGUUGAAGCUCUAAUUCACAUAAAUAAUAAAUUACAACAAAAAGAAUCCGCAAAUGGACUACUUGAGAAGGUUAUAAUGCAAAAAAAGAAUGGAGACUGCACAUUGAAUGUUCACGUUCGAUGGUAUGAAAAGCUGCAUAAUUGGGAACAGGCGUUAGAUCUUUAUAAUAAAAAGCUUGAAAUAGAACCACAGGAUAAUGAGUCUAAAUUAGGAAUGAUGCGAUGCUUAGAAGCAAUGGGAGAAUGGCGAAAAAUUUACACCAUAAAUGCUGAUCAGUGGGAAAAUAUGGAAGAGGAUAUGCAAAAGAAAUCUGCCAAAAUAGCUGCUGCUGCUUCAUGGGGCUUACAGGAAUGGGAUUCUAUGAAAAAAUAUGUCAAAUUUAUGCCAGAAGACACCUUGGAUGGAGAAUUUUAUAGAGCGGUUCUCGCAAUUCAUGAAGGAUCUUGGUCUGAAUCGAGACAUUACAUUGAUUCCGCUAGAACUAUACUAGACAGUGAAAUGUCAGCUGUUAUUGGAGAAAGCUACCAAAGAUCGUACGGCGCUCUGGUCAAUGCACAGCUUUUGACAGAGUUGGAAGAGGUCAUGACAUAUAAAUUGGUUGAGGAAAGAAGGAGCACAAUUCAUAAAAUGUGGUCGGCUAGACUGCAAGGAGGUCAGCGUUUAGUUGAAGAUUGGAGAAAAAUGUUGCAAAUUCGAAGUCUAGUAACUUCACCUUUGGAAGAAUUCCAGACAUGGCUUAAAUUUGCCUCGUUGUGUCGUAAAUCUGGAUCUGUGAAUCAAGCUCAUAAAAUCAUAUUAUCAGUUUUGGGUGCAGACCCCGUGACAAACCCAGAAGUGUUAUUACGAACACAAGAUCCAAGAGUAAUCCUUGCUUAUAGCAAAAACUUGUGGGAUGCGGGUAACAAACGGUACGCGUAUGAAGUGCUGCAGCGCUUUGUCGACAAUACAGAAGGAGAAAAUGAGGAACAGUGUCGAUUACUUGCUCGUUGUCAUCUAAAACUUGGUUCUUGGUGUGAAUCUCUACAGGAAAUAAACGAACUGUCAAUUCCGGAGAUCCUAAGAAACUUUGCUGCGGCAACUCUUCUAGCUCCCGAGUGGUACAAAGCUUGCCAUGCGUGGGCAUGUAUGAAUUUCGAAACCGUUUUGUUUUACAAACAACAAGAUAAUCUUUCGGAGAGCAGUGUGGCGGGUGGGUCUGGAGAUAAAAAGGUAUCAAGGCCUGACUUUAUAAACACAUACACAAUUCCUGCGAUUGAGGGUUUCUUCAAAUCUAUAAGCCUGUCAAAUGGAAAUUCAUUACAAGACACUCUGCGGCUUCUCACAUUAUGGUUCGAUCACGGACACCAUACAGCCAUUUACGACGCUCUCUUCGAAGGCAUACGACAGAUAGACGUGAAGAUAUGGUUGCAAGUGAUACCACAGUUAAUUGCUCGAAUUGAUUCACCCAGGAGUCUGGUGGCUAAAUUGGUGCACAUUCUAUUGAUAGAUAUUGGAAAGUUGCAUCCUCAAGCGUUGGUCUAUCCUCUGACUGUAGCAACGAAAUCUUCAUUUGUAACACGAAAGAAUGCAGCGAAUUAUAUCCUUAAAACGAUGUGCACUCACUCUCAGACUCUGGUCAAUGAGGCUGCUAUUAUUUCUGAAGAAUUGAUAAAGAUUGCUAUGUUGUGGCAUGACCAAGUUUACACUGCAUUAGAAGAUGCAUCGAGGUUAUACUUUAGUGAGAAGGACUACAGAGGCAUGUUUAGAACGCUGGACAAGAUGCACGCCAUGUUGGAUAGACCUCCGGAAACAUUAAAGGAAGUUUCUUUCUUACAAAUGUAUGGUAGAGAUUUACAAGAAGCCCAGCGUUGGUGCGAACUUUAUAAGGAGACGAACGAGGACCGCUACCUGAACGAGGCGUGGGACCUGUAUUGCCACGUGGUGCGGCGCAUCGGCGCGCAGUUCCGCUCGCACACGUCGCUGGAGCUGCGCUACGUGAGCGCGCGCCUGCGCAGCUGCAGCGGCCUGCAGCUGGCCGUGCCCGGCUCCUACGUGCCCCGCGCGCCCCUCAUCCGCAUCGCGCACAUCAAGAGCCACCUCCAGGUGAUAAAAUCAAAGCAGCGGCCACGUCGCCUCACAAUCCAAGGAUCAGACGGUCGUCAGUACAUGUUCCUGCUGAAAGGGCACGAGGACCUGCGACAGGACGAGCGAGUGAUGCAACUGUUCGGUCUCGUCAACACGCUGCUGCAAGCCGACUCGAACACUUACCGGCACGACCUUGCCAUACAGAGAUAUGCGGUUGUGCCUCUAUCGCCGAACUCGGGUCUCAUUGGCUGGGUGCCUCAGUGUGAUACUCUGUAUAAUUUGAUAAGUGAUUAUAGGGACAAGAAGUCUAACAAAAUGGCGCUAAAUACGGAACAGCAGAUUAUGCUGCGGAUGUCGUCGGACUAUCAGAAGCUGCUGUUGAAGCAUAAGGUGGAAGUAUUCGAAUACACACUAUCCCAGACACCAGGGAACGAUCUAGCAAGGCUCCUUUGGCUUAAGAGUCCAUCAGCGGAAGCCUGGUUCGAGCGUAGAACGAACUACACGCGCUCACUCGCGGUCAUGAGCAUGGUUGGGUACAUCCUGGGGCUGGGGGACAGACAUCCGUCCAACAUUAUGCUACAUAGAGUCACUGGGAAAGUCCUGCAUAUUGAUUUCGGAGACUGUUUCGAAGUGACGCAAACUAGAGAGAGGUUUCCGGAGAAGAUUCCGUUCAGGUUGACCAGGAUGCUCAUAAAUGCUAUGGAGGUAACAGGUAUCGAAGGGACCUACCGUUUCACAUGCGAAUCGGUAAUGCACGUGCUCCACAAGCACAGGGACAGCGUAAUGGCGGUCCUAGAGGCGUUUGUUUAUGACCCGCUGCUCAACUGGCGGCUCAUAGACAACGACAAACACUCCCUCUCUGAAUCCACGUUUUCUUCCGAUAUGGAUAUCUCGUAUUCCCUUCCGAGCAGAAGUCGGAAUCAACUUCAUUAUGAAUCUUUAGAAAUGCCCCCCGAAUCCAAUCUUAACAAGAGAGCCUUAGCAAUAUUGAACAGGAUCAGAGAUAAACUGACGGGAAGAGACUUUCCAAACGUAGAAGCGGUCGUGAGUGUGCCGAAACAGGUCGAUUUGUUGAUAAAGAUAGCUACGAAUAAUGAGAACUUGUGCCAGUGUUACAUAGGCUGGUGUCCAUUUUGGUAGUUUUUAUGUCUGGUCAUAUUACAUAAGUUAAAGAUAUUGAUAGAGGCAUUUAUGUUAAAUAUAAGAUUUUUUAUAAAGAUAGUAUUAUUUAAAUCUAAUUAAUUUAAAGAUUGACAUAUUUAAACUUCGCUUCACAAUUAUGGCAUUUUUAAAUAAUGAUAAAGUUAACGCCAUUUACAGUUGAUCUUGAGUUAAUAGUACUUUUACUACCUGUUUAAAGUUCAGGUAAAUGUAGGUUAUUGCUCUUUUCAAUCUACCCAUUGUUAUUCUUGGCCUUUUUUUAGUCAAAGAAUUAAUGUUUCACCCUUACCGUGUUAAUUUAUAACGGCAUUUAAAAUAUCUUAUUGAGUGUGAACAUCACACAACGGAGAUCGGUUUAAAUAAUAUGAUGAUAGCAUUGACAUUUGCAAUUCGAUAAGAUUAUACCUAAAUUGUAGCCUGUAGGGAUGUUCCUCAUUGAAUGAUCGCUAUAUAAGCCAUUUUGAAAAUUAUGUUUUAUGAGUCGAGUCAAAUCUAUUCAAUUUUAAAAGUAAUUGUGUGUAUAUACUAAAAGCCAUGUAUUGUUAUAUCUUAAUAAAGACAAUGUACAC